GGGAUGCCCCUUCACGUUUGGCGUCGAAGGGGGGCAUAGGUCGGGAUAAGUCCCGGUAGAAGCCAUGGACGGCGCUUCGGUGGAUGCGGUUGCUUUUUCGCUUGGCACAAAGAAGGUUAGACUGUCCUUGCCUUGGGAGACCGGAGCGAUGAGGCCAAUCUUUGGGUCAGCUGUCAGUUUGGUCACUCCCCCGGUAUGGGUGCCUAUGGCACGCUCCGCUGUUGAUGAUGAAGCUGCGCACGUGCAAACGGUUUCUCAGAGACCACGAGGAAGCUGGACAGUGAAGACUUCUUUGUGCUCUUGGCCUUUAGUGGAGGAAGCCAAGCUGGCAAAGGCAAUCGAGCAGUGGCGCGUCAUCGUUCUGGACAGUGGUGAGGGCACGCUGUUGGGAAGACAGUUGAUGUCCCUCUCUGAAGACGCGGGGGGCGCAGCGCAACAAAUCUUGGGUGAUGUUUUCGCAGGCAAAUCUAUAAGCACGCUCAAGGCCCGGGCUUCAGCUUUGCUCAUGUUCGGUCGUUGGAAGAAGUCUCGCAAUGCCGGACAAGAAGUUUCAAUAUUUCCGACGAGCGAGCCAGAGGUCUACAAAUAUUUGACUGAUCUUCGGAAGGAAGGCGCUCCCAGGUCGAGAGCGCCGCGUUUUUUGCAGGCGCUGGGUUUCAGUAAAGGAUUCCUAGGGGCGGAUGUCGACCAUAUACUUCAAUCUGCAAGGAUCAAGGGCGCGACUGUUUCGGAUGUACCUUUAUGUGGAGUUCGCAAGAAGGACCCUUUGACGGUGCAACAAUUGUUUGCAUUGGAGCAACUUGCGUUUUACGGUGAAGAUCAUGAGGCAAUUUUUGCGGGGUAUAUUUGCUUUCUAGUGCACUGCAGGUUGAGAUGGAGUGACGGCCAGUUUUGCAACGAGGAGCCUGUCGUAGAGCGGACCAGAGAAUUUGGUUCCCUUGAAUGCAAUUUGUACCACCACAAGAACUCAGGUCGGCAGCAAGGUUUAAGUAAGCGUUUGUUGCCCGCAGCGGCAGCUUUACCAGGCAAAUUUUGGGCAGAGACGUGGUUAUUAAACCGGUCAAAGCACAAUCUCAAUGCUGGCCGGGGUAGGCCAACCAUGCCUGCCCCGAUGCGAAAUGGAGGUUGGGCGCUCACGCCGUUAAGGCCGACUGAAGGGUCCAUGUGGCUGCGCGAGUUGCUGACAAAAGUUUCUCCCAGUGGGCCGUUGCGAGACAUUGCUUCUCACAGCUGCAAGAGUACUUGUUUGUCUUGGAUGGCCAAGGCCAACGCGCCCAUCGAUCUGAGGCGAUUGGCCGGUUAUCAUGUCGAUCCGUCAUCAAGGAGCGCGCUUGAGUACAGCCGGGACGCGCAAGGCCCGGUUCUCCAUUUCUUGGGCGGCUUGUAUUUGUGCAUCAGGCAAGGUUUCUUUUUGCCUGAUGAGACCAGAUCUGGAAGAUGGAUUGGUUGCGUGUCGUUUGAAGAUGCGAUGAGCAAGAUGGCUGUUGGUCAUGUGGUUCCGGAUGCGGUUGAAGAACAAGCAGAACCAGGAGACCAAACAGUUGUUCCCGAAGAAGAAUAUUCACCUGACAUGGAAGUGGGCGCAAGUGUUUCAUGUGCAGAAUUUUUGUCCGCUGAAAACGAAGGUUUACGACAAUUUAUUGAUGAAGGGGUGCUGCCAGGAUUGCAGCACUCGGCAGACGAGCAAUCAUCCGAUUGUUCGGAGUCAUCGGAAGAUAUGCAGAGCACCUCCAGUGAAGGAGAACAAGAAUGCCAAGCAGAGAGAGCGGUGUCAAAGGUGGCAUCUUCGAUUCCAGUCAUUGACUUGGGGCCAGAAGCAGGUUUGUUUAAACACAGAUCCAGUGGUGUCGUUCACAUCCAGAGGCACACGGUGCAUUCGGACGAGCAUGAGCAACUCUCACUUUUAAGGUGUGGAAGGUGGGUCUCGGCCAACUUCGUGAAAUUGGAUCGCGUGUUAGGCUCCGAGGCUACCCGUUGCAAAAUUUGUUUCACUUAAGGUUUCCCCCGCCUUUUGUCAGUCGCCUCGCAAGCAACGGACACAGGCCA